GAUGCUGAGCGCGCAGGCGGGACCGAUUUUCCUUGCAGUGCACUAUCAUAGAGCAAUGUGCAUGACAGGACAGAACGAGCAGAGCUGAGAGCAGCGCAAAGGGAAAACAGCGAGAGGGGAGUUGUAAUAACGCUAAUUAAGCAUCCAAUCUCUGUAUUCGUAAUAUUUGAAUCAUGGAUGUAUAAUUCCUCUAUUUUCGCUAAACAUCGUAUCUUGCACCAUUCAACAACUCGGACAUUUUGUUCCUCAAUUUGUUCCUUUAACAGAACAUUGGUGCUCAUCAAUAGCCUAGGAGAGACAGAGAGUGCCAUUGUAUCGUGCGCAGGAACUGAGCUAAAGCCGACAUCAUGGCGUGGCCCUGCAUCACCAGGGCGUGCUGCAUGGCCCGCUUCUGGAACCAGCUGGACAAGGGGGACAUUUCGGUGCCAUUGGUUUUCACCAGGUACGACGUCUCGGAGAUGCAGCAUCUUCAACAGCAGCACCAACAAAAACAGCCGCAUCACCAGGCACAGGCAAGCGCGGUCGCCAUAGAAACUCAACCCGCUCACGAGGACAAGGCGGUAGCCGCUUGUGAGCACCUCGCAACGGGAACCGCUGUGUCUGAGGAGCGCGCAUGUGGUUCUGUAAUGCGCCAAGACUUUAAGCACUGGAAAGUGCGCCCUGAGCCAAGCUGUAAACCUAAGAAUGAAUAUCAUACUCCCGAGACCCCUUUUAACAACAAGACACAAUAUCAGAAGGAUUUCAAGCCAUGGCCCAUUCAGAAAAGGGACGACCAUCCUUGGAUUGCCAGGCCCAAUCCCUCCAUCUCCAUCGGCGGUGACUGUGUCCAGGAUAGGUCCAAACACUACCAUGCACACGCGGAAGUUGACAGUGGGGUGGAGAAAAGCGAAAUUGCUGACAAAGUGCAAGAGAAAGAAAUUCUGGGAGGGAGUAAAAAUAACCAAACUGCAGAGGAGGAUGGUGAAAAGAAAGUUAGCAUCAAAGUGGAGCGAGAAGACGCGGCAGGGGCCAGAGGCAGGGCGGCGUUAGAUGCGCUAAACAGGCAAUUAAAACAGGAAGUUACAAUUGGCAGCUCAUACAAGACUGAGUUCAAGGCCCACAGGGAUGUGAAGCCAGUGAAGCUGAUCCGAGCCAAGUCCCAGUUCCUUCCCCCUGAUGAGAAGACCAGCCUGGAGACCAGCUAUAGCGCCACCUACAGGGGAGAGCAGGCCAAGCAGCAGCCCAAUGACAACAAGGCUGUGGACAGGAGGAGGAUACGCAGCCUGUACAAUGAGCCCUACAAAGGGCUACAAGAGACCAAGGUUGAGAGGUCUAACAGUGCUCCCCGAUCCAAACCCAAAAAGGCGGGCACCAGGUUAGCGAGCCAGGGGGGCAAACCUGUGAAGAAGGCUAAAGAGCAGAAGCUGCAGGGCAGCACAGCACCGCGGGGCACCAAGAAGAAGACCUUGGAGAACCAGCCCGCUGAGUCCAGGCCUGCGGAGAUGGACAAGGAGAAAAGUAAAGAGAUGAACAACAAACUGGCUGAGGCAAAAGAAUCACCGUACUAACGAGGUGAUGUGUGCAUCCGCUUCCUCUGCUUCCUGAUGCCACCGACCACCCCCCUCUCUCCGUCUCCAUCUCAAGGUUGCCAUGGCUACCAAUGAACGGCGCAUGCUAUUGUUGCAUGAGCUCACCGACUAGCAAUCCUGUGUGGUUGGCUUCCAUCUUCCAACUGAACAGAUUGCUUUGUUGAGUUUAUCAAGGAUUUUGGGGAAAGAGAAAACCAUGUAAAUUGGCUCACUGAAUGGACUUGAUCUUUAUAGGUGUAACUUGCUAAAUUUAUCCAAAGAUAGAUACUCAUCUAGAAUUAUGGUCUGAAAAUCUUUGAUAAAUGUGCAGCUUGGUUUUUCUAGAGUGUAUUGGUCCAUGGCUGAGUGUGUGCCUGCUCUGUAGGUCCUCAAUGCUGUCUUCCUGUGCACACGGGCCUCCAAGUCUGUCUGUAAUCAGAUUGCCAUUACUAAGAUGCUUUGUUAAACUUUGCCAUCAUUCCUGAAUGAAAUCUUAUUUUGUAAACCUAAUAACUGUUGAUUGUGGAUGAUGUGGGAAUGGUUUUGAGCAAAUAAUUGUCAGGUAAACAUUUAAAACCUCAUACUGUCUCAUUCAAAGUGUUCUCUCUAUUCACAGGAAAAUGAGUUAAUCAAGUUAUUUUAAAGGUCAGACAAGGAUAUCUUGUUUCAUCAACCUUGUUGCCAAACCAGGAGCCAUCUGGGUUCCUGUAACAUGAUGAUGCAUUAUAGCCUAACCUAUAACCUCACACACCCCCGCCUACAGCCCCUCCCCUCAUCUCAGACACACACACAGAGCCAUGGUUGACUGUAACCAACGUGACUAGGCCCCCAUGGGACUAGCAGAUGGGACCCCAGCAACGCCAUCACAUCCCAGAGGUUUAAAGAGGUGUCUGGCUGGAUGUGAUAUUAGUCCACACUAGUAGGAGCAGAUUCAUGGUUAAGGUUUUGGAACUAAAUGUCAUUUAUUAUGUUUUAUUUAUUAAUCUAUUUGUUUGGGUAUGAAACACUGAUUACCACCUCUGCUAAUAACUCUCUUUAUUGAAUAAUAAUGAGUGUGAUGUGAUGGUAAGUUGAAUGCUGGCCGUUUGGAAUGCUUCUUUUUCUCAAAUUAUUAUCUGUAUGUGUCUGUCUAACACAGGCCUCAAAGAACUGGCCUCUUCCCUGAACCAGGUGUGUUUUUAAGUGUGUGGAUUUGAUUAGGUUGACAAGAUUAUGUGUAGAUGUCAAGAUUAUAUUCAAUGCAUUCCACUUCAAAUCAAUCUCUCUCUGCUGCCUUCCAUGGCAAUCUAAAUAUUGUAGGCAUAGGCUAACAAUGUAGAGCAACUUGAUAUUUCUCCCCUGUGAUUUAAUUGAAUUAGGAUAAGCAGCGAAACUCGAUUCUAUAUUUGGUUUACAUUUGUGUUAUACUUCUGCAUAUGUUUGCAGUUUCUUGAAUGGGAUAAAAUGAGUGAGCAAGGAAAAUUAUCUGUAUUACAAAUGAAAACCAAAUUAUGUCAAAAUUAAUCAAGUUAGACUUGUCCUCUUUGUAUUGGCUGUAUAGUGCCAGUGGAGCUCUAUUUGCUGUAAGUAAUAGUAUGCUACUAGACGUCUGCUUAUGCCUUAGCAGACAGUAGUAAAGACCAGAACCGCGUCUCAGACUCCUGGGAUAGGAUAGGCCUCAAUAGAGCAGUGCAUUGUGCAGGACUUGUCUUGUCAAGGGUCAACCCCCACCUCCUCACAAUCCCAAGUCUCUUUCUUGUGUUGUUGUCAUCUAUUGUGCUAGUCAGUGUCCCCUGACUCUCUCCCCUCAGUUUUGAGUAUUGGAGUGUGUUGUCUCUCCAUUUGCCAUGGGGGUGUCUUGGUUAGUAUGUCACAAUUAAUCACCACACCAUAUUCCACUCAGACUGAGCAUGCGCCCACGGAGCAGAGGGCGAGGGCCAUCUUAUUAGCAUUUUGCAGCCUUUGGUUGGGGAAGGGGGAUGCUUUCUCUUGUAACACAUGAAGGGGGGGGUCGGGGGUCAUACAUGUCAGUGCUGACACACAACCCACCCGGUGGUAUCGAUUUUGAAUCCAAGCAUUAGAAACAAAAGCUAAAAAUUGAAAGUAAUAAUGGUACAAAGAAGUUAUGUGUUGGGCCAAUAUAUUUUACUGUGACGUGCUUGUGUUUCUCUCUGCUUGCUCCUAUUUACUGAAAUAUGAAUAAAUGCAAAAGCAGAAAAA